GGACCGAACUGGGCGACGCAAUUCCCGUCUCGACUGCAGCGAUUCACCUUUCGCAGACAAAGCCGGGGACUUUGAGAUGCCUGCACGCUCUUCGAGCCAGGACGAGGCCUCAUUCCUAGCGGCGCUGGCUGAAGUUGACCCGUUCAAGGAGGACCUUAAUCGCACAGCGGCCACGCAACAAUUUGAAGAUCGUGUAGAUCGGCGAGACUUCCUUCUGAAAUUGACGCAGGCUCUGCUCACAUUCGGCUCGCCUUCCUACCGAAUAGAGUCACAGCUUCUCGCUGCCUCUGUCAUUUUGGAGGUGGACGCUGAGUUUGUCUAUCUGCCGGGUGUCAUUAUCGUCGUGUUCCACAAUCGGGAGACCAAGACGACGCGAUUGCACACUGUCAGGUCCAGCGGACGUCUUGCGCUCACUUACUUGCAUCGCGUUCACGACAUCUACAAGGACGUGCUUCACAAUCAGGUCAGGGUCAAAACCGGGACGAAGGCGAUCGACAACCUGUUGCACACGAAACCCUUGUACCCGGUAUUUUUCCGCUGCAUGCUGGCGUUUAUGUGUGCCUCUGUGAUCUGCCCUUUGGCGUUCGGUGGCAGUUUCGUAGAUAUGUGGAUCAGCGGCACCUGUGCUGCCAUUCUACAAUUUCUGGGCUUGCGAACCGCUGUCAAGAGCGCUCUGUAUGCACAUGUCUAUGAAAUAUCUAUCUCCUUUUUCAUUUCGUUCGUCGCCAAAGUUCUGGCUGGCAUCCCUGGGCAUAUGUUUUGCUACAGUGCCAUAUCAUCGGCCGGUGUAGUCCUUUUAUUACCCGGCUUCAGUGUUCUUGUUAGUUCCCUCGAGCUGACAUCAGGAAACUAUUUUUGCGGUUCAGUGCGCCUGAUAUAUGCGAUCAUCUACACACUCCUUUUGAGUUUUACCUUGAGUAUCAGUGAAGAUUUUUACACGACGUUCAAUCCGAAGGCUUUCCGUGGCGCUGGUGCUUUGGCCAGCGCUGGCGAUUACAUUCAUGGAACGUUCUUCAAUACCGGUAACGAAACUUCGGUCCAGCUUUCUGGCACGUUUGCUUUUGUGGAUGCAGCGACAAAAACCCAUCGUGCCACUAAAGCUUGCUUCCACGAUGAUCCAUCCUUACCGUGGUAUCACCAAUCAUUCCCAUGGUGGAUGGUGUUUUUUUUGGUGCCGAUAUAUUCAACAUGCUCGUCUCUCUCAAACCUGCAGUCUGUCCGCAGCUGGUCAUUUCCCGUUAUGGUCCUCUUUUCUUGCAUCACAUACGCAGCAAACAAAUUGGCAGCGCGGUUCAUCUCAAACGCCAGUGACGUCGGUUCAGCUGUCGGAGCCUUCGUGAUCAGUUUGCUCGGAAAUGUCUAUUCUCGGGUCUUUGGUGGCACAGCUUUCACCUCCAUGGUGACAGGAGUCAUGUUUCUCGUUCCUUCCGCACUAUCACAAGCAGGUGGCCUGACACAAGCUUCCAACGCCGACCAACAAUAUUCCAGCAGCCUGACACUUGGCAUUCGAAUGGUUCGGGUAGCUGUUGGUGUCACUGUCGGUCUCUUCGUCGCCCAAACGUUGAUAUACGCAACUGGGAAUCGCAAGCAAGGUGCACAUUUUGCUUUCUAG